GCAAGGACACUCAAAUUCAAGGGCUCGAAAAGGAAAUAUCUGAUCUUCAUGAGAAGUUAUCAAAUCUUAACAAAGUAAAUGAAAAUAUAAAAAAUGUGGAUGAGAUAUUAGAGAAUGCUGGAUUAACAAUUAAAGCAAAAGGCAAAAAAGAGAAAAAAGAGUAA